AUGAGUUGUUUCGACAAUAUGAGUAUGCCGAGCUGUGUUUGGUUCGAAAGUGGAGAAAAACGUAACAUUCUUGCGUCAAUAUUCGCUGGUUUACUGUUCUUCACUGGUUGGUGGUUUAUUAUUGAUGCUGCCUCAGUGUACAAAGGUGAACUCCCUGGUGCAGCUCAUGUUUGCGGAGUUAUGGCGACGCUUUCACUUCUCAUGGUGAACUCGGUGUCUAAUGCACAGGUCCGUGGUGAAACGUACACCGGUGGGUGUAUGGGUCCCCGUGGAGCGAGGUUGUGGUUGUUCCUUGGCUUUGUGGUCGGUUUUGCUUCAUUGAUAGCUGCCUGUUGGAUACUGUUUGCUAACUAUGUUAAUGCUGGUAGCAACAAACACACAUGGCCCGGUGUUAGUCUGUUUAUGCAAAAUGCAUUCAUAUUUGCUGGAUCUUUAGUAUUUAAAUUUGGUCGCACCGAAGAUGUCUGGGGUUGA